AUGGAGAACAUACGGGCCUCGGAUGGUUUGUCCAACGACCUAUGGAGCGAGAUACGGUCUUUGCUCAAUGAGCAAAAUGAACGACUGCGUAUCCAAAAUAACCUACUCAAGCAACUUCUUCUUGAUGGAGAUAAAGGCACUGGGACAGAUGAUGAUAAAUGGAACCAGUCCAUCCAAGAUGAGCCCCGGUUCGAUGGAAGAAACAAGGCACAAACCUCCUUGAAAUCCUGCCUGGAGCGUGACGACAGUGACAUUGAGUCUCAAGGUCAACACCUCCCUUCCAUCCAAAUGGGCGUGGUGCAAUUUGCAUUUGAUCGAUGCCACCUAAGGAGUCUCAGUCCCCCUGGUUUGAGUUCGCACUUGGAGCAGCUCCAGUUGUUCUUCAAGACAUUAGAGGCAAGCAACGGUCGCGUUCAGAUUGUUGAUCUGGACGACUGGAUGCACGCGGCCAUAUAUGAGCGCAUCACCGCAUACCCUGAAGAAUUGAAAGUAAUCCUGAGGAGUAAGGAUCCAAGGAUUUUGGCCGUCCCUGCUUUGGACGCAGACCUCCGCAAAGUCAAUAUCCGACCAACGCGGUUUUACUACAAGAGCGGAAACGGUAAGCCGACAGAAGUCAAGUGGAGGGAAACAGGCCACUGGAAUCGCAUUAUCGGCUGCGUUGGCUUGGACACUGCAGCACCCUUGUUUGGGUAUGGAUUUGACGCGCUCUGUCAUAGACUCUUUCGGAGUUCUACUGGUGAAAAGUUUGAAUCCGCGGACCUAGUACCACGAAUUCUGAGGACACAUAUUUCCUGUGUUAAACGGAGGAGAUCGCGCAACGAUGCGGCUGAUGCGCUCGAACCUUUCCACAUUACUUGGUGCCGGAUCGAUGGCACAAAGCCCUCAAGUAAGUCGACCUGGCGGUGUGGAGAGCUAUAUGGGUCAAAGGGCUCAACAGGUACGCUGUAUCUGUCCGAGGUCGCCUUCACAUUGGGCUUCAUACCAUCUCAACGGACCCUCUCAUCCAAUACUCGGAAUGGAAAGUCAGAGAAUAUGGAUCGCAGUCACUGGUGUCUUAUACAUCUGGCACCAUCGCAUUUUCGCCGCUUAGAUGAGUCGAUUCACCGUCGCAGGCAGGAUGACCCACAGACUGCCCCAUAUGCCACAGCAAUUACGCUGGUCGAAGAGGCACUGCAGCACGCGGCCAACGAUUGGGACCGGAUUGCCAACCACUUUGACGUUGUUCUCAACCAGAACGAUAGUGUUUUCAAUCCUGAUCUUCAUGAUCGCUUUCUGUUCGAUGAUGCUUCGUUUUCGCGAUCACGGUACUAUUUCUGGCUGAUGGACAGUUUGGAGGGCUUCACAUCCGCCGUGUCGGAUACCAUUCACGAGUGGGAGGUAUACUGGUGGGCCAGAAAGGGCAUAUUUGAAGACUACGAAGCAUUCUAUCUGGACAAGUGGCGGAAUACCAAGGUCGAAUUGGGAUCUCCCAAACCUCCUCAAGAUCCCCCGCGAUUGGAAGAUUCAGUCAAGAGGGUAGAAACGCAUGUUGCACGGCUGAGAGAAAUUGGGAGCCGGCUCGAAACUCUGCGUGAUCGAACCAUGACCUUACGAGACGGACUAUUCAAUGCGAGCACUGUCAUCGAAUCGCGGGCUGCUACCCAGCUUGGUGAGAACGUCAAACUGCUCACAUACGUGAGCAUAUUCUAUCUCCCACUAAGUUACUGCGCUGCUUUAUGGAGUAUCAACCGAGAUUUCAACCAAGUAGCAUUCGCCGUUGUUGCUGCCCUUCUGGCAUUGGGCACGAAGACCUACCGAAAGCUGCGUACCCCUAUAUUGGAAGCAAUGAAAAUGGACCCGCAUGAACAAUGGGCCAAUUUGGUCAACACUUUCAAUGGAUUCAUGCACGAUAGACAUGUUGAUCAGCCCUCUGAGUGGACGGUUCUGCUGUACGCACUAUCGAUGGUGGCAGAGAAGUUAAAAUUCUGGCAAAGAGGCCACUCCAAUCUGGUUAAUGAUGGAUUCGAACAAAAGUGA